AUGGACGUCUUUGUUUGUGCUUAAAGUUGUUAGAACGGAGAAACAUAAGAUUAGAAUUAAUAAUGUAUUUAAUGUAAUAUAGUUGGUUGCAUAGAAUAUAAUUGUUAGUCGUAAGUAGGAUUUGCUAAAAUUCCAUAUAAUGCGAGUGAUUGCUAUUAAAGUUGUCCUUCCACUUAUUAUUCAAAUUUUGAUUAAAAAGUGUGCUAAAAAACAAUUUAAUGCCCUUCAACUGAAAAUAGCUCUAAUUAUCAACUCCCUUAAAGAGUUCUCUAAGUUGAAUAAUUUUAAACGAACCAUUAUUUAGUUAGGGCUAAUCAAUGUACAUUUGCACUUGUUGAUUCAGAUUGGAAAAUAGUUUCAGUAUAAAUUCUUUAAAAAAUGUAUGAUUAUGAAUAGUAAUAUAUGCUUAAAGGUGAAGAAAUUUAACAAUAAAGCUUCAUGGUAGGAUCAAAGGCUGGAUGCAUAGCAGGAAAUAAAUUAACAGUUUUUGAUUUCUAAACUUUUUAGCUAUAUGAUAAAAUUAACAACACCUAGUUGAAGGUAUAUUAUAUUUGA